UAUUGAUUACCACACAACACACAACAACACACAAUCGUCGUCUCUGUCUAUCAUAUUAUCUUCUUCUCUUACUCUCUGAAAGGGGCGAUUUUUCCUCGGCUCUGAUCAACCAUGUCUUGCACUUCCAAUUUCUUGCUAUCACCAAACGGCUGCGUUUUGACAUCUCCCAAGCCUCUUGGCAGAUUCCUUAGAAGGAAAAAUUUCGUCUCCGUCGUUAGAGCUUCUUCCGAUGAUGCUGAUUGUAAUGACGAAGAAUGUGCUCCCGAGAAAGAGGUUGGAACAGUGAGUAUGGAAUGGCUGGCUGGAGAGAAGACGAAAGUGGUGGGAACAUUCCCUCCUCGGAAGCAGCGUGGUUGGACUGGCUAUGUUGAGAAGGAUACUGCCGGCCAGACAAAUGUCUACUCUAUUGAGCCUGCAGUGUAUGUUGCAGAGAGCGCCAUAAGCUCAGGUACUGCAGGAUCUUCGUCUGAUGGGGCUGAGAACACAGCAGCGAUCGUAGCAGGCAUUGCCCUUAUCGCAGUGGCUGCGGCUUCCUCUAUACUCCUUCAAGUCGGGAAAGAUGCACCGGCCCGACCAAAAACAGUGGAUUACAGUGGACCGUCUCUUAGCUACUAUAUCAACAAGUUCAAGCCUUCAGAAAUUGUUGAAGCUUCUGCCCCCGACCUCACGGAAGCUCCACCGGUGGCUCAGCAAGAAACUUCACUUCCGGAAACUAUGGCCAGUGAGGCUCAGCCAGAGACCUCACUGCCGGAAACUUUGGCCAGUGAGGCUCAGCCGGAGGCGUCAUCUGUUCCGAUAACAAGUAGCACCUCUUAAUAAGGGAUUAGCCUAGGAUUCAAUGUAUGUUGUGUAAAGAUGAAAUGAAGCCAUAUACCAAUAUUAUGCAUUUUGUUAAUAUUCGGAUGUAAUAACUAUAUAUAUAUACUCUCCUUCUAUGAGUUGGUGAUUUAACACCUAGUCUUUUUUGCUA